AUGUCACACGUCACACCAUCAGGCUUACCCCUACCCCGCCUUUGUCCUCUGCGUCCCCAUUCCCCAGAGACCCCACUGGAUGAAACCGAUUCUCAUCACGAUCAUCAUCACUCCAGCUUUGUCCAUGCCUCUCACGAUCUACAACCUUUCACCCCGGUAUGGGCCAACAGCAAAUGGAAAGCUCUCACUCAAGGUCGUCCUCUACUUAAAUGUCUCCCACUUCAAAGUGCGAAAGACCUAGGCGCAUGGCUAACUUCGAAUCACAAUGAUCGAUUGAGCUCAUCCACCAAUCGAUUUUCAUCUUCGACACCUACGGGUUAUCCAACUCCUCUCCCAAAUACCUCCAUCACCGUCAACCCCGCCACUGGUCUAACGGAAAAACUCCCACCCGUCUUCUGGGAACCUGAUAACCAUUCUCGAGAUGAUCGAUCCGUUCUCUCUGACACUCAUUCCGCUUCAGAUACCAGUGUCAUGGGAGCGGACACCGGCGACGAUGUCCUUUUUUCCUCUCAGACAGUAACGAUAGAACUCAUUCACCCCGGGAGAGUCAAAUUGGAGUUAUCAAAGACUAGCAUGCCUAUUCGGUCUUCCAACGAUUAUUCCGCAACUCCCACGAUAAAGAUGUCCACACAUACUUACGUCAUCAUCACCACAAUACCCCGAAGCCUUUUCGUUCCCAAUAAAACUUGGUCGACAAGCUCCCAACUCAAGGCGCCUUCCAUGGAAGACCAACGACGUUUAAACUUGCCUCAAAUCUAUGGAGCGGACAACUCCCCGCCGAUAAAAGAACGACCCACCACUCCUUCAGUCCCAAAGAUUUCACUUCUCAUUCCACCUUUGGCUCAUGCCAAAGCGAUGAACUUAAUUCUGCCUACUGGCGCAAUGUACAAUCCUAAUACCCUUAGUCCCAAUCGACCCUCCAUGGUGGAACAGGUGUCAGCUAUACAAUCUUCUCGUGAAGUGGGUUUACGACGGCCUGUCAUCUUUAACAGGGAUGGCACGGUGGUACGGCAACGAUCUGAUGUGCAAGACGUUGCACAGGUCGAUGGGAUCUCAAUGGAUGUCAAUGUCUUGCUAGAAACCACAGAUUGGUCCAAGACCCCCUUAGGACCAAGGGAUACUUGGCCCCAGAGUCUGAAAACGAUAGUGGCCAUGGUCAUGCAGUACCCUCAUCAAUGUUGCGUGUGGUGGGGUCCUGACCUGACACUUAUAUACAAUACACCCUACGCUGAGACCAUGCAUAAACAUCCUUAUCUCUUUGGCAUGUCUGGCCCAGAGGGGUGGGCUGAGAUAUGGGCAAGCUUGGGACCCUUGUGUGAAAUCGUCUUGCAGGGCACGCCCGUCUUUAGGGAAGAUGAUUUCUUGAUGUUCAAGGAACUCCCCCGGCAAGGUAAUGCAACUUACGAGGCCUUUCAUUCCUGGAUGUGGGUGCCCAUUAUGCAGGAAGACGGAACAUUUGGUGGACUAUGGAAUGCGACUAUCGACACAACCAAGAAAGUUCUACUGGAAAGGCGUUUAGGCAUGACCCGAGAGAUGAGUGAGAGAACAUCGAUCGCGCGAACGAUGAAAGAGUUUGACACGGCCGUCUUGGACAUCCUCACAGGAAACCCACGGGACGCCCCCUUCGUCGCAUUAUAUCAUGUCAACCUACCAACAAAGGUCAAAGGAAAUGAUAUUCAAAACCAAGCUGCUACCCAGUCACUCAAAGCGGAAUCUAAGAAGCACACUCGCGUCCAUCUCCAUCUCGUGGGCAGCAUAGGUGUCCCAGAUAAUCACCCUUCCACGCCAGCCAAACUGUCCGUCCUCCUACCCCCUCCCGAACCGAAAAAAUGGCGCAGUCCCGUGGACGCUGCCAGUCUCUCUCACUCUUUCAAUAGCUCGCCGGCAAUGUCGUCUUCGUCUGUCAGUACAGGUAUCGAUGAUGGUGAUUCCGAUGAUGGGGCUCGGCUAAGCUUGGAUCAUUGGCCUUUCAAAGAGGCUUUACAGUCAAAGCGGGUCGUGUUGGUUGAAGACUGUUCUGAUCUGAUCAAAGGCUUCCCGGUGAGAAUUUGGGACGAACUUCCGACUUCAGCCAUUGUCAUACCCGUCAACAGCGACUCGGACGAAGGUAUACCCAGUACAGUCCUCGUCUUGGGUCUCAGUAUACGUCGCCCUUUCGAUGAUGAUUACGAGUCGUUCAUCCUAGCCUCUGGUAUCGCCGCUGUCAGAUCCUACGAAGCAGAGCGGAAACGCUUGGAAGAGCUCGCCGGGUUGGACCGAGCUAAGCUUCCUGCGGAAACCGGGCUUGCGUUGUCUAAAAGAAGUCAUGAACUUCGGACGCCUCUCACCCUCAUUUCUGGACCAAUCGAGGACAUGCUUCAGGGCGCUCGUCCUGGACCAGAAAGAGUCACAUUGGAGAUGAUCCGACGAAACACACAGCGUCUUGUCUCUACUUUGAUGGACGUAAGCCGUCUUGAAGGUCAGAGGAUGAAAGGGUCUUUCCGUCGAGUCGACCUGAGCCAAUUGACUCGUGAACUGGCUGUUCUCUUCAACGGUGCAAUGGACCGCGCCAAGCUGAAAUUUGUGAUUGAGACGGAACCGUGCGUUCGAGAAGUGUAUGUGGACCCGGAACACUGGGAGAAGAUCGUCUACAAUCUCAUCGGGAACGCUCUGAAGUACACUAUGAAAGGCUAUGUGCAUCUGUCGGUACACUACACGCCCACCGAAGCGAUUUUCGAAGUGAGCGAUAGCGGCGUAGGCAUUCCUGCAUCUGACGUGCCUUUGAUCGGAGAGCGAUUCCAUCGUGUUAACUCAAUAAGUCGAUCUCACGAAGGGACUGGGAUUGGUCUAGCAUUGGUCAAAGAGCUCAUCAAACUGCACGGCGGUACGAUGGAGAUGGAAAGUGUCACAGCUGAACAAUCUGCCGAUGGAUCUCACGGCUCAACUUUCCGUGUCCGCUUGCUUGUGGGAUCUGUGCACCUGCCCAGAGAGAGCAUAGACGUAGCAGAUGAGACUGGUCCCAAAAGGACGACGUACGGAGAUGCGAUUGUCGACGAAGCUCUUCAGUGGUCGAAAGAUAAGGAAGAGAGUAGCGCAGAUUCAACUUCAGAUUCCAAUGGGGUGAUCUCAAAUGGGAAUUCGGAGGGCAAGAGUUCUAGGGGGUUAGAGUUGAGUACAUUGUACUUUUCGAAGGAGGAUGUGGUCAUGUUGGUUGAUGACUCUUUCGACACUAGACGUUACAUGCGAUCGAUAUUCUCACCUUUCUGCACUGUCGUCGAAGCGCGUGACGGUCAAGAGGCUCUGGACAUGUGCAAGAAACUUAUUCCGCAGUUGAUCGUGUCAGACGUCAUGAUGCCCAAUCUUGACGGCUUUGGACUUCUAGCCGCUCUGAAGGAGUCUAAGCCCCUACGGAUCGUACCUGUCAUCAUGCUGACCGCUCGCGGUGGUGACGAUUCGACUGUUGAGGGACUCUUGGCUGGGGCAGACGCACACAUGCAAUUGCAACUGGGCAAGAGACGCAAGUACCUCGAGGCAGCCUUCGAAGAACAAACAACUGAGCUACGUACUCUCGCCGAAUAUUCUCCUGUGGGAAUUUUCAGAUGCAGUCAAGAAGGAAACGUAACCUUUGCGAAUCCUGCUUGGUAUGAGAUGUCAGGAUACCCUGCGGGGGAACAAGUGGUCGAUUGGACACCGUACAUUGACGUGCACUGUGCUCAGCGGAUUCAGACAUUCUGGGAUCAUGUACGGGAAAACAAUGAGGCUAUGCACACGGCGGAAUGGCAAUUUGCCAAUGGACGAUGGGGUGAUAAGAUCAUCCGUCUAGACAUAGCUGUCCCUGGUCUGAAGGGCAUUCUAGGUUGCGUGACUGAUAUCACCGAACGAAAGCUGCACGAAGAGACUCAGCGUCUAAGAGUUGUGGAGGCCGAACACCGUCGUUUGGAAGCGGAAGAAGCCAAAAGACAACAAGAGCUCUUGAUCGACAUCACAUCACACGAGAUCCGUAAUCCCAUCAGCUCCCUCAUGCAGAUAACUGACACCAACCUCAUAUCACUGCAAGAACAACUGCAAGCGGUCCUCAAUCAGCAGACAAACUUCAUUCCGACCGAUCAGCUGCUCGCCACGAUCAACGAGGAUCUCGAAGCUUUAGAGAGUAUCUAUCAGUGUGGUCUGACUCAAGAGAGAAUAUGUAAUGAUGUUCUGUCCUUGGGAAGGAUUCAAUUGGACAUGUUUCAAAUGUUUGAUGUCGAGACGAACAUCCGCAGCGAGGCAAACAAAGUCAUCUCGAUUUUCCAGAAUGAAGCUCGAAUGAAAAGGAUAGCAUUGUCUUUCUCGAUUGGCGAGCAGAUGGAGCGUCUGGGGAUAGACACAGUCAAGACUGAUCCCGUGCGAUUGGGUCAAGUUAUGACCAAUCUACUGUCCAAUGGUAUUCGUUUCACAUCGACCAGCCCGAUCAGGAAAAUCAAUAUGAACUUCGAUCUCAGUCUUGAACCUCCUCGAGACGACAGCUGUCUUCCUCCGCCGUUGUCGAACAAACAUCAAUGCUUAGUGGAAGGCAUGCCGAUUUAUCUAUACAUUGGUGUCACCGAUACCGGUCCUGGAUUGACGCCCGCAGAGUUGGAACUGUUGUUUCAGCGGUUCUCGCAAGUAUCACCGAAAACUCAUACGAUAUACGGUGGUUCGGGUCUUGGGUUGUUCGUUUGUCGAAAGAUCACAGAGAUUAUGGGUGGGCGUAUUGAAGUGGCUUCUGAGCAUGGCAAAGGAUCCACCUUCCGCUUCUUCAUCACGGUCCGCAUGUGUGCCCCUCCCUCUAGCAAACGAGACUCUCUACGAGUCACAAUCCAUUCGGAUGGCCCUCCUACCAAAAAGCGCGAGACUGUCCCUAUCAGACAGUCGUUCACCCCUUUCCGACCUCAUGUCCUCAUUGUCGAAGAUAACCUGAUCAACCAAACAGUAUUGGCACGGCAAUUAAGACAUGUCGAGUUCACCUGUGAAGUUGCAAGCAACGGCCUAGAGGCUCUUGAAAAGAUCAGGAAGGUCAUGUCUGUCAUCAAGCCAGAUGGACAACCUUACGACUGUGUGAUCAUGGAUAUAGAGAUGCCAGGUGAGUCGAGUAUGGGUUUACUGCACAGUGUUGAUGCACCAGUGAUGGAUGGUCUCACAGCUGUCAGACAUGUCCGAGCGGAGGAAGCAGCUGGGAUGUUGUCACGUAGUUCUGUUGUCGCUUUGACCGGUAACGCCCGACAGGGCCAGAUUGAUGAAGCAAGACGUAUGGGUAUGGACGAUGUAGUGAUCAAGCCUUAUAAGAUUGAUCAAUUAUUACAGAAGAUAGACGAAGUGACCAACUCUUCGAUUCCAGAACUAUAA